CCGGCGAGGUGAGCGUGGCAGGCUAUGGGAUGGAUGAAGCUGAGCAGGACCAGUAUGAAGCUCGCCUCAAGGAGCUGUUUGACAGCUUUGACAGCACGGGCACGGGGUCCCUGGGGCAGGAGGAGCUCACUGACCUCUGCCACAUGCUGCACCUGGAGGAGGUGGCCCCGGCACUGCAGCAGACCCUCCUGCAAGGAAACCUCCUAGGCAGGGUCCACUUUGAUCAGUUUAAAGAAGCACUUAUCCUCAUCUUAUCCAGAACCCUGUCAAAUGAAGAGCACUUCCAAGAACCAGAUUCCUCCCCAGAAGCACAGCCCAAGUACAUCAAAGGUGGCAAACGCUACGGGCGCCGCUCCCUGCCGGAGUUCCAGGAGUCAGUGGAGGACUUUGCCGAGGUGACAGUCAUCGAGCCCCUGAGUGAGGAGGCACAUCCUGCACACAUUGCUGCCAGCCAGGAGCACUGGAAGACGCGCGGCAGCGAGGAGGAGUACGAGGCGGAGGGGCAGCUGCGCUUCUGGAACCCGGACGACCUGAACGCCUCCCCCGGCGCCUCCCCCAGCCCAGACUGGAUCGAGGAGAAGCUUCAGGAGGUCUGUGAGCACCUGGGCAUCACCAGGGAUGGCCACCUGAACAGGAAGAAGCUGGUUUCCAUCUGUGAGCAGUACGGGCUGCACACGGCGGCUGGGGAGGUGCUUGAAGAGGUGCUCCAUAACCUGGGACAAGAUGGGACCAUGAGCAUAGAGGACUUCUUUUAUGGCCUGUUUAGAAAUGGGAAAUCUCUCACACCUUCAGCAUCUACUCCAUACCGGCAGCUGAAACGACACCUCUCCAUGCAGUCCUUCGACGAGAGCGGCAGACGCACAACCACCCCCUCGGCCAUGCCCAGCACCGUCGGCUUCUCCCUCUUCUCCAGCCUGGAUGAUGGCAUGGGCUACGGCUGCGUGGAGGGGGUCCUGGACUGCUGGCACCAGGAGGGCAUAGAGAACAGCCAGGAGAUCCUGAAGGCUCUGGAUUUCAGCUUGGAUGGGAAGGUGAACCUGACGGAGCUGACGCUGGCGCUGGAGAACGAGCUCCUCAUCACCAAGAACGGGGUCCACCAGGCAGCCCUGGCCAGCUUCAAAGCAGAGAUCAGGCACUUGAUGGAGAGGUUUGACCAGGUGGCCAGGGAGAAGGAGAAGCUGCGCUCAGACCUGGAAAAGGCGGAGAAGCUGAAAUCCCUGAUGGCCUCGGAAGUGGACGAUCACCACGCCGCCAUCGAGCGCCGCAAUGAGUACAACCUCAGGAAGCUGGAUGAGGAGUACAAGGAGCGAGUCGGUGCCCUGAAGAAUGAGCUGCGCAGAGAGCGGGAGCAGAUCCUGCAGCAGGCCAACAAACAGAGGCUGGAGCUGGAGCAGGAGAUUGAAAAGCUGAAAACAGAUGAGAACUACAUCAGAGACCGCUUGGCCCUGGCCCUGAAGGAAAACAGCCGCCUGGAAAACGAGCUCUUGGAAACAGGAGAAAAACUGGCUGAGUGUGAAAGUCUGGCAAGCAAACUGCAGAGGAACCUGGAAAAUGUCCUGGCUGAGAAGUUUGGUGACCUGGAUCCCACCAGUGCAGAGUUUUUCCUGCAGGAGGAGAGGCUGGCCCAGAUGAGGAGCGAGUACGAGCAGCAGUGCAGGGAGCUGCAGGACCAGAUUGAUGAGCUGCACUCAGAGCUGCAGGAGCACCGUGCCCAAGGCAAAGUGCUCAGGCCUGCCCUGAAAAAUUCCCUGUCAGAGGAGUUUGACAUUGACAUGAAGAGUCACGGCCACAGCGGGAUUGAGCCUGACCAAGGACUCGGUUCAGAAGACUGCAACCCAUUAAAUAUGAGCAUAGAGGCAGAAAUGGCCAUUGAGCAGAUGAAGGAGCAGCACCACAGGGAUCUGCAUCACCUCAAACAGGAGCUUGAAGACACAGUGAGCCAUUAUGAAAAGCAGCUGGAUGAGACAAAAGCCCACUGGGAGAAGGAGCAAGAGGAUAUGAGGCAGAAGUAUGCUGAGGAGAUGCAUGUCAUGGAAAAGCAGAUCACUGGCCUUAAAAAUCAAAUAGCAGAGCUGCAGGGAGAGGCAGCAGCGUUCAGGGGGCAGCAGGAGAAGCUGGACUGUAAAUACAACGAGGAGAAAAACAAAUUACAGAUGCAUUUCGAUGAGGAGAAAGCCAAUCUGCAGGAACAGCUGAGGCAGGAGCAUGAGGAGGAUGUCAGGGCCAGACUGGAGCAGGCGAGUGAGAAGUUCAGGCAGGAACGGGAGGAGCUGAUCCAAAACAGUGUCUGGGUGGAGGAAAAGAUGAGAGUUGUGGUGCAGGCGCUGCAGGAGGAGAAGGGGGAGCUGGAACGUGGCUUCCAGCAGCAGCUGAAGAGGCUGGCGGAGGUGCACGCCCUGGAGAAGGAGGAGCUCCAGGAAGAGCUGCUGAGGAAGCACCAGCAGGAGCUGGAGGAGGAAAGGAAAAAAAUGGCAAGUGACUAUAACAGAAGAGCAUCUCAUGCACAAACUCAGUUCUCUGUGGACACACAAACACUUGUGAAUAAAUAUGAAGAAACCCUCCAGAGUCUGGAAGGACGUUACCAGCGAGAGCUGCAGGAACUUGCUGAGCAGCAAAGAGAGGAGAAAUCCCAGUGGGAGUUUGAAAGGGAUGAAAUUGCUCAGGAGGUGGCUGAAGCCCACGAGCAGCUGAAGGAAAGCUUGGCAAGUGAGAAGGCUGUUUGCUGUGCCCUGACCCAGGAGAAGGAUCUCCUGGAGAAGAAUUUCAAGGAAGAAGUGAACAAGUUGGUGUGUGAGAGGGAGCAGCUGGAGAAGGAGCUGCUGGAGCUGAGGAAUGCUGCCCAGGAGCAAGAGGAAAAGAUGAAGGAGAAAAUAAGCCAACUCCAAAAUGACCAUGAAAAAGAGCUCAAGGAGAAAGAUGAACAUAUAUCCACAGUGGAGCAAAAUGGGAAACUGGUUAGGGAAAAGCUGGAGAGACUGGACAGUGAGUAUAAGCGAGAGAAAGAAGAGCUCAAUUCCAAACUUCUUGCUUUGGAGAGUUUAAACAGAGACAUUUGUGAAAGAGCAGAGACAGAAAAGGCUGAGAUGGGUUUGGAAGUCUCAGACCUCCGAGGGAAAAUACAGAAAUUGCAGUGGGAAACACGGAGUUUUUCUGCCCUGCAGAGCUACUACAGGGUCCUGGAGAGUGAGUAUGCAAAAGCCAAGAGCCAAAUCGCUGCUUUUCCUGGAGCAGCUCCUCUGGGAGAUGAUGGGGAUGUUCUCCAAAACCUGCAGAAGGUGCACGAGCAGGCAGUGAAGGAGAAUGUCAGGAUGGCUGCCCAGAUCCUGAGGCUGCAGCACCGGCUGGAAGCAGCAGAGCAGGAGCUGCAACUUCCCAGUCCCAGCUGCUCCCAGUCUGGCUCAGAACCAGAGGAAAUGGAUCCCAGUUUUGAAGGGUUGCCCAGUGAUUGUCAUGAUGGAGCAGAUUUCAGUGUCCUUCCACCCCUGGAGGCUGGUACUACAGACCUGGAAGAAAUGUCAGAGGCAGAUUGGGAUUUGGAGGAGGGAUGUGUGAAAGCCGGAGCUGGUGGCCACCCUGAGGCACAGGGAUGUUCGAUCCAGGGAAGUCAAGCAGCUCUGGAUGCUGAUGGCAACCAGGAUUGUGAUAAAAACCUUUCCUGGGUACCCCUGCUGCCAAAAAAGAGAGAGCUGGAGGAAGUUCCCAGGCCAAAAGCGCUGCACAACGAUGUCACACAGCAGAAGGUUCAUCUGCUAAAUCACAGAAUAGCUCCCAAAAAUAAAGGGUUUGUUUCUGGUGCUUUGAAGAUGCAGGUGGAGCUGGAGAGGGCUGAAGAACUGAGUGAAGACUCUCUCAUGCUGGAUCACCCUCCUGGGGCAGCAAACGGUGACCUGAAGAGUGUAAUAACUCAACUUUGGAAAAGGAUGGAAGAGCUGGAAGACAGAUCCACGGCACAGGCUGAACUUCUGGCUCUACAAGAAGAAAUUCAGCUAGAAAACGAGGAUCUGAAAGCUGAAGUGAUGCAGUUAAUUGAAAAAAACAGAGUGCUGGAAGACAACCUGCGUAGGCUGAGAAGGCUUUGUCGUGAACAAGAAGAAAGCGAGAUGAAAAGCAUAAAGUUUGAAGAAGAAAACACCAAAUUCCUCAUGCAAGUUAAAGAAUUGGAAGAUGUCCAAGAACAAGAUGCUCAAGGAAAUGCAGAUGUGCUGAGUGAGCGGAGAGGUGGGAAGCUGGAAGAACAUCCCACGGCGUUCACGGGCCGGCAGGACGAGAAUCCCCAAAGCGACAGCGCCGUGCCACAAGCGGGAAAAGCAGGAAUGAGGGAGCCCAAGGCCCAGGUGGAGGAGAAGGCUCUGGCUCACCCAGAGGAGAGGAGGGCAGUGACCCAGGGCUUGCAGAGCACGUGCACUGAGCUGCAGCAGAAGGUUGACCUGCUGAGGUGUGAGGCCGAGAAGCUCCGUGAGGAAAACGCCGUCCUGAAAAAGGAAGUGACUUUAUUAAAUGAGGAAGGGAGCGCUUCCAGCCUGAAACUGAGGGAACUGAAUGGAUCCAGGGAAGAAAUGAGGCAGAAGAUAGAGGCUGUGAGAAAGGAGAAAGUGGCUGUGCAGAAGAUGGUGGACAACCUGAAAAAGCAGGUGGCUGAUCUGAAGACCAGGAACCAACAGCUGGACUCUGAAAAUACAGAACUCAGCCAGAGGAACUCCAAAAACCAAGCAGAUGUGCAGGAUCUCAAUCAACAGCUGGCAAGGGUGCUCAAGCAAAAGGAAAGGGAAGAGGGGAAGUGUACCCUGGAAGAAUGGGAAAAGGAGAGGCUGCUGCUGAAAGAGGAACUGGAAAACUCCAAAAUCGAGUCAUCAAAUAUGGUGUCGUCUUUGGAGAUGGAUUUGUCAAAAAUGAAGGUUCAAGCUCAUCUACUGGAGCAGGAGAACCACAUCCUCAAGCAGGAGCUGGAGAAGACAAAGCAGCUGCCCAGAUGUCCUGAUCUCUCUGACCUUCAAAAUGAAGUUUCAAGUUUAAUCACUAAAAAUGAAAAGCUGCAGGAAGAGAAGGAAGCCCUGAGUGAGGAACUGAACAGAUGCAUUGAUAAGGUAGCUCAAGUCAGCUGCCUGGAGAGUGCAAUUGGCAGCUUGAAGCAGGAGCAGAAAUCCUGGGAGCAGCAGAGUCAGGCACUGAAAGCACAGCUCAGCCUCUCCCAGGACAAGGUUCAGAGCCUCAAUGAAACUCUGCAGAGCACCAACCUCCAAAUGUCCAGGCUGAAAUCUGACCUGCAGGUGACACAGCAGGAGAAAGAAGGUCUGAAACAAGAAGUGAUGGCAUUGCACAAACAGCUGCAGAGCACCAGUGAAAAGAACCGGGUUCUGGAAGUGGCUGUGCCUCCCUCAGGGCUGCAGGACCAGCAGGGGCUGAUCCAUUGGGAUGAGCAGGAGCAGGAGCAGAGGCUGCUCAGGCAGGAGAACGAGAGGCUGCAGAGGGAAGUGCAGAGCACUAAAACAGACCUGGCUCACUCCAGGGAAAAGAUCCGACAGCUGGAAUCCACAAUCCUUUCCCUAAAGCACCAAAAGCACCAAAGCCAGGCAGGGAUUGUCAAAGCCAUCGAGCAGGAGAAGCUGAGCUUGAAGAGAGAGUGUGAACAGCUUCAGAAGGAGUUGUCAUCUGCAAACAGGAAGAUCAGUCAGAUGAAUUCCCUUGAACGUGAACUGGAAACCAGCUCAGAAAACGAAGGGCUGAGAAAAAAGCAAGUCAAGCUGGAUGAUCAGUUAAUGGAGAUGCUGCAGUCCGGGGGGAUGCUUAGCCAGAGCUCCCAGCAGCAGGGCUGUGCCACGGUGCCCAGGGAACAAUUCCUGCAGCUCCAGCAGCAGCUGCUCCAGGCAGAGAGGAGGAGUCAGCACCUCCAGGAAGAGCUCCAGAGCAGACCCUCGGGGACAAACAUGCAGCAGGGGGAUCAUGAGCAGCUUCUAAAAAUGAUGGAAGAGCGGAUGAUGGACGUGGAGCAGAAAUUAAGGCUUGUGAAGAGGCUUCUCCAAGAUAAAGUACAUCAGCUGAAAGAACAACUUGCCAAAAACACCAAGGCAGAUGCCGUGGUCAAGGAUCUCUACGUGGAGAAUGCGCAGCUGCUGAAGGCUCUGGAGGUGACAGAGCAGAGGCAGAAAACUGCAGAGAGGAAAAAUUAUUUAUUGGAAGAGAAAAUUGCCAACCUCAACAGGAUAGUGAAGAACUUGGCCUCCCCCUCCUUCAGCCCAGCACCAGAGAUCAGGUCAUAGCAGAAGCUGCUGUGUGUCACAGCCCCGUGCACUUUACUGAAAUGGGAAUAUUUCAGCUUCUCACUGCGUUGCCUUUUUUUUUUUUUUUUUUUUUACUGAAUGAGUUUUAGUUACAAAUGCCUCCCCAGAGAGCACAGAGCUGAUUCCCAAAAUGGACACUACCAAAGGAGAAUUUUGUUGGUUGCUAAACCGAGUUUCUGCUAAGUUUUGCCUAAAAAUAAUCAUCACUAUGUAAGAAAAAAAACCCCAAACUUAUGUUUAUAGGUUAACUCAGUUUGGCUUUUAUUUAAAAUCCAAAUUCUGAGUUUCCUGUACUGGAUCAUCUAGAUUGGAGCUAAGGCCUAAAGGAAACUCAUGUUGAACUGAAAACAAUAUAUUCAGCUUUCAUGCUCCAAACCUAGAAAUGCUGAGGGAUCAGUCUUCAACACUGAGAGUAGAAAUGUUAUUGAAGGCAAGACUUUGCUGGUAUGGUCUGUGUCCUGUAAACUGAUUCUGGUUUCUCUAAAGCAAUUAUUCAUUAGGCUUCUGGGUUGUUCUUCAUGGCUGUUUCUCUGCAGAGCUCAG